AUGACCGUCACCAAGGCGGCGAAGGACAUGACGGUGGCGGUGGCCGGGUCGACCGGCUACAUCGGCAAGUUCGUGGCGCUGGAGUGCGUGCGGCGCGGGUACAAGACGAUCGCGCUGACGAGAAACCCGGACGCCGUGGUGGAGGGGGCGGAGAUGGUGGUGGCGGACGUGACGGACCCGGCUAGCGUCGACGCGGCACUAGCUGGACGAAAGAUCGACGGCUUGGUUUCCUGCCUGGCGAGCCGAAGCGGCACCAAGUCCGACAGCUUCGCGAUAGACUACCAGGCGACGCUGAACUGCCUCGAGACGGCCAAGAAGGAGGGCGCCGCGCACUUCGUCAUGCUGUCGGCGUUCUGCGUCAAGAACCCGAUUCUUCAGUUCCAGAAGGCGAAGCUGAAGUUCGAGGAGAAGCUGGUGGAGGCGGGUAACGCGGGGGAGAUCGGGUACAGCAUCGUCAGACCGACCGCCUUUUUCAAGAGCGUGUCGGGACAGCUGGAGGUGGUGCAAGGCGGAGCACCGUUCGUCGUCUUCGGCGACGGCACCAUGUGCAAGUGCAACCCCAUCGCGGAGGCGGAUUUGGCAACGUACUUGGUGGACUGCAUCACGGAGAAGUCGAGGAGUAACAAGAUCUUAAACAUUGGGGGUCCGGACGCCGGUCUCACGAUGACCGCUCAGGGGAAGCUGCUCUUCGAAGCCGUGGGCAAGGAACCCAAGAUCCUCAAGGUGCCCGUCCUCCUGUUCGACGUGAUCAUCGGGGCGUUGGAUUUCUUGGCCGCCAUCUUACCGAAGCAAUUCGAGGACCCCGCGGAGCUGGCCAAGAUCGGAAAGUACUACGCCGUGGAGGACAUGCUCACGGUCGACCCUUCGGAAAAGUUCGGAACGGUUACCCUGGGAGAACACUACAAGCGGAUCGCGGUGGAGGGCAACGACUACGACCCCUACACGACGCUCUUUGCGGGGAAGAAGAACCCCACCAGCGUCAUCGCCAACCUGGUGGGCAACAGCGUCGACGUCGAGGAAGAGCAGCCCGUUGCCAAGUGAACGGGUUUCCGCUCGCGUGCGUGCGAGGCGUGUUUUUAUGCCGCCACGACGGCUCAAUCCGGACUUGGCGGAAAGAAAUCCUUCCAGGAAGGUGAACGGGGGCCCAGCGAGACGUUUUUUCUUGGGGGGGGGGGGGGCAAAAAAAAGGACCUGUUGUCCCGUGAAAAACAAAAUUUGACCCCCAGUUUGUUUCCCGGGUACCGUUUCGGGCAGGCAUGACCUUUGAAAAGGCACGUGAAAAAGCAUUCCCCCCCCACCCUUCCCUAGCGGUCCAAAUUUUUCUGACCCCUUUCAUUAUUUUUGUUUUGCUGGGGCAGUUUUUCUCGAUGACCACGGCCUUUGCUUCACCAGUGCGGUCCAGGACGCAUUUUCCCUAAUAAGCAGAAGACAGGGUAUGAGAGGUAGUAGGCGGUGCUGGCGUUGGUAUCGAUGAUGUACCAGCAGUCAGUGCCGUAGAAGACGCAUUCCCAUUAGGCAGAGGAUAGGGCAAGAGGUCGUAGUAGGCAUGACUGCUGUUGGUGUCGAUGCUGUCCACCAGCAUCAGGGCCGUACGAGGCGCAUUUUCCUUAGGCAAAGGAUAUAGGGUGAGAGGUAGUAGGCAUGGCUGCUGUUGGUAUCGAUGCUGUAUUCCACCAGCAGUGCCUUGUCUCCCUUAGGCAAGAGGAUAGGGUGAUGGGUAGUAGUAGGCCUUGCUGGUGUUGGUGUCGAUGCGAGAUGUACAUGACGUGUCCCGGUCGAUUGCUCAACGGGGAGCGCCAAGGCGAAAACGUGAAACCGUCGGUAUGCUCUCUCGACUGCACCUUAGACGGCGGUUAGCCGGCUCGGGUUGUGGCUGGCCCUUAAGCGGCGCGAUUAUUUUGGCGCGUUUCUUUUUUGGCCUCCCAUUCGGCCGCGAAUUAAAUUUGGUUUACCUAGACUACUGUACAGCAGUGGUAGUAUCGGGGAAACAGCAUUUUUUUUUUGU